UCCCGCGGCAGCCGCCGCAAAAGCUGCGGAGGCGAAGGGAGCUUCGUUUGGCGGGGAGGAAACUGGCUUUUCAGGCCCUGCUAGCGAGGAUGUGGCAAUUCUCUCUUUUUUUUAUCCUUCUCCCUUUUUGCCGACUCGGCUGUUGCAAGGCAACCCCGCAUGGGAGAUGACGGCGAGGAUGGCUCAGAAGGUCUUGAGCAGCGCGGCGGAGAGUUUCCCCGAGCAGCCUCGGGAAGGGAAGGACGGCGCUCCGAUGGACGACGGCCACCCCAUCAAGCAUGAACCCCAGCCUUCCGAGGGGCAAGCCUUCAAGGUUUACAAGCGGCGCUGGUUUAUCCUGACGGCCGUCUGCAUAGUCAAUUGCUCCAAUGCGAUGCUAUGGUUGACGUUUGCUCCAGUGGCUGACAUAACAGCUGAACGAUUCAAUACCUCACUGGAUAUGGUCAACUGGCUCUCCAUUGUGUAUUUUGUGGUAUCAGUUCCUGUGGGGCUUCUAGCAAUAUGGAUUCUGGACACCAUCGGACUCAGAUGCGCUGUGCUACUCUGCGCCUGGCUCAACAUGGUGGGCAGCAUCAUUCGUGCUUUCAGUGUUAUCGAUAGCCUGAGCUUAGGCUCCCUAAACUACGUCUACCUUCUUGUAGGACAGUGCCUCUGUGCUGGGGCCCAGCCACUCAUCAUCUUUGCACCAACCAAGCUAGCAGCCCUAUGGUUCCCUGAAGACCAACGAGCCACAGCCAACAUGAUUGCCUCUAUGUCCAAUCCAUUGGGCAUGCUCAUAGUUAACCUAUUGUCACCGACAAUUGCUCCAGAAGUGAAAGAUAUCCCUUUACUGGUUGGGGUGUCUGCAGCGCCCGCGAUCCUUGGCUGCCUCCUGUCCACUGUCGGCGUUUGCAGUAGUGUCCCUCCAACUCCCCCGUCAGCGAGUGCUGACCAUUUAAACUCACCAACUUUCUGUGAAGGUUUGAAAAUGCUCAGCCGAAAUAAGCCUUACAUCAUCCUGAACCUCUGCUUUGGCACGGGGAUAGCACUCUUCACAUGUCUCAGUUCUCUGUUGGAACAGAUCCUCUGCGUCAAUGGAUAUUCCAACUUUUUUGCAGGUUUGACUGGAGCCUUGUUCAUUAUAUUUGGGCUCAUUGGUGCCUUCUUUCUUGGACUUUAUGUAGAUAGGACAAAGAAGUUUACGGAAACUACCAAAAUCAGUUUUGUUCUAUCUGCUUUGACUUGCAUUGGAUUUGCAGUGGUAUCUCAGAUGAGAGAGCAAACCUACGCUGUGGCAAUAUUCAGCAGUCUUUUUGGGCUUUUUGGAUUUUCUAUCUAUCCCAUCGUGAUGGAACUAAACGUUGAAUGCUCUUAUCCUGUGGGAGAAGGAACAUCAUCAGGGAUCAUUUUUGUGACCAGCCAGAUCCUAGCAGUUCUCUUCAUACUACUCUUCCAGAACCUGGCUGUGGAAAAAAAGAAUGCCCCUUUCUCCACUUGUGCUGCAUCCUUAGGUCCUCCAAUGGAUUGGUCAAAUGCAACACUAGUGAUGGCUGGAAUCAGCACUGUGACAUGCUGUUUCUUUAUCAUUACAUUCCACACUAAUUACAAGAGGAUCUCUGCAGAAACAUCUCAAAGCUUUUCCACCAACAAAACAGAAGAUGAGGAUGUUGUAGUAACGGCAUGAGACGGAGUAUUUCUAAAUGAACUCUGGACUAAGCUGUAUGCCUUACAAUCAGUUGACACCUCAGCACCCCAAGUGCCUUAAACUCAAUAAAUUAUAACUUUGU